ACUUUGUACUGCUUUUUUCUCUAGGUUACCCUGAAGAGACCUAUCCAAUUUAUGACCUUUCAGACUGCAUCAAGCGUAGGCAAGAAACAAUCCUGGUGGAUUACCCUGACCCAAAAGAGCCCUCUGCCGAGGAAAUAGCUGAAAGAAUGGGAGUGACAGAAGAAGGAGGAGGAUCAGGCCAUUUGGGGUGGGAAACGCCUACCGACCCCAGAGCUCAGGAAAAUAGUUCUGUUGCCUCAUGUGACCCAGAGGCAGAAACACGUUCCUGCUGUUUUCAUGAAGAAGAGGAUCCCGCUGUCUUGGCAGAGAAUGCUGGAUUUGGUGCAGACAGUUACCGUGAGCAAGAGGAGACCACCGGAGAAAUGUGGCCCCACGACUUGAGAGAUGAAGGGCCAGCCGUCGGUGCUGAUAAAGCAGAUCCAGGGGGCAUGCUGAGGAAGCGGGACCCCCACCGUUUAGAGUACAGACAGCCAGUUUGGUGAGGUGCCCAUUACUCUAGUCCCAAGGUGACCUUUCUCUCCUCUCUGAUUUCAUCCUUGGCCCUGUGCCCUGUAUUUCAUUCUCUGUGUUUAAAUAUCAUAGCCAAUCAGGCCACUGCCUUGGAUAUCAUGUGUCCUUCCUGGUGCUUACACACCUGUCACCUGUAAAACAUCACAGUAAUCAGUAUGAACACAAGACAGCUUCCCUCUUUCUCUUCCUGCCUUUCCUCCAUCAGAGAGUUGAUCCACUGAGUAAUAUUUCAUCUAUUGUAAUUACAGAUGGGACCACUCAGGGCAGAGGUCUGACUCUUCGUGUUAGGAGUAACAGAUGGUUUACCUGUGAACGAACAUCAGAUUAUACAUGAUGAGGACUUAAGGUUGUAAGAGUGAAGAUUUCAGAGUCCAAAAUACCUUAUUCUGUGGGCCUUGAGCAGGUUAGUAGUCCGCUGAGCUCAAGAAGAAAACCUCCUGUUAGUGGGGAUGGUGGGGCCAGAGCAGGGUAAGACUCUGCUGUCUGAACUGAAGCCCCUUUCUCACAGCAAGGCCCUUUUUAGGAGCACCCAGGCUGCCUCAGAUCUCCUCUUUUCUCCAGAGUAGAAGACUCCCACUGACCUGAGAAUGAACCUAGAGGCUUGUUGGGGGAUGGUUUUGCUCUAAUAUUGCCUGGAUCUCUAGCUUCCUUUAUCCCUGUUCUGCUUAACAGAACUGCCAAAUGCAUAAGUACCUUUGUGCCUCUGGUCUUCAGUGGCCGGAGGAAACUUGAGUUAGAGACUUUAGUCCUUGCCCUGCAGAGCCAAGGUUUGAGGCUUCAGGAAAGCCUGCCGAAGGGUGGUGGUCCUGCCAUGAGAUGCUCAGAGGCCAGGGAGCCGGUGAUGGGGAGAGAACCCAUGUGCUUAUAGGCAGUCCUUGCUUAGAUGCUGUUUCUGAAAGUUGUACCCUCUGGGAAAUUUGUUCUCACAACAAAUUCAGUUGAAACAGAAACGAGGAGGACUGAGCUUAUAGACCAAGUGCCAGCCCAGCAGCGAAGUUGCAGGGAUCCAAUGUAGCAGUGCCCGGGAAGAGACCGUUUGUUCCGUAUUUGGAUAUCUGAGUCUACUGAGAAAGCUGGGCAAAGUAGGAGGUAGGUUAGGACCGCGAGGAUUGUGACCAAACCAAAAGCCUAAUCUCUGAGCUGCCAUGUGUCAUGUGUCUCCUUGAGGUAAGAUGUAUUCUGUCUAGUAAGGAUGAGUGAAUUCAGUUUACAGGUAAGACCUAAGAGUUUAAAGAGGACACAUUCCUGAGGAUACUGCCAGUCAUGAAAUGCAGAAGACUUGAAAAUUAAGAAAUCAUGUAAAGGUAGACUUGGCUUUUAGAGUUCCAUUGUGCCUGGCAUGAGCAAGAGGCCAGGAAAACAGGUUAAUCACUAUUAAAUCACAUAAGCAUACACACUGCUGUCACAGGUACAGGAUCAUAUUAAAAUAAUGUAUCAGCUACUGCUGUGCAUUUCUUGUUAGUUAAUGACUACAGAGAAAAGUCACUGAAGACUGAGUCUGUAGAAAGCAUAUUGUCUCUAUCUGUGUGGAACAUUUGAUUCACUUGUAAAGAAUAGUUUAAAAUGUACUGAAAACAGUCUAGAUGUAAUGUAAUGCUGAAGGUAAAAAAUAAUGUAGGUGCUCUUUACUGUUUCGAUAAAUUAUUUUUCGUGUUGUUUCUCUUCAUUCACAAUGAGGGGUUGAUUUAUGAGAAGAGUUCUGGGACCCUGUUUCGAGUUUCGUUUUUGCCUUAGGAUAUGAUUCCCUUAUUAGAG